CAAACAUUAAGUGAUAUAUAUUUUUUAAAUGUACACGUUGUCAAUUAAGAUAAUAUAGCUACUACUGUUGCUUUAAAAUAGAGAUUGACGGCACAAAUAACAUUUGUUUCCAUAUAUUGUGCAUCACAUGGUCUCAUUUCCUGCAUUGAAACAGGGGCCUUGAAGUUCGGUUCUUUCGUGAGUAGCUACUAGUGUAUUUAAUACACUGCAUUAGCAUUUUUUUUUAGAAUGAAAUCGGUUCCUUUAGGAAGAGCCAUGGAUUUUAUAUGUUGAUACAGGCAGGGCUGUUGCUGCAUAGCACAUUGAUGAAGACACGCGAUCGCGUCGUCUGUCUCAAUGGAAUUGUCUCCCAAGCUGUACCGUAAAACACCAAAAUCGGCGAGGGACCAUACCACGCUGACCUUGUCAAGUACCCUGUUCUGUGACAAUGCUCUGAGUCACCUUCCUGUUGCAACAUGUACAUCACAGAUCACAGCCCAACUACUGGGGUGGUGACAAUCGUAGUGAUCCUCAUUGCUGUUGCUGCCCUCGGUGUUCUCAUCUGUGGAUGUUGGUGCUACCUGCUCCUGCAGCGGAUUGGCCAGUCUGAAGAUGAGGAGAGUAUUGUAGGAGAGGGCGAGACCAAGGAGCCCUUCCUGAUGGUACAGUACUCCACCAGGGGCCCUCACGUCGAGCACAAAACCAAGCUCGCCCACAACGGCACUGAGAAACACACUUAACUGAGUCAUUAAGAAACCGUGUCAUCACCUAAUAUUAAGCAAGAGGAUCACCUCAUUCACAUUUCCUGCUGAUCAUCGUCUUUCAUCAUGCCAUUGAAGGAUGAUAAACGGACUGCAGCUCAAUGUCAAUCAAUGUCUUAUGAGGAAAUUUGAUAUUUUUGUUUCUCAUUCCACUGUGUGGAUCUCAGUCAGGAUGUGAGGUUGUGAGCAGUUCAUUGUUAUGUUUCUUAAGUGUACAUAUUUUGAACACAAAAUUGUACAUCUGAUUGGUGUUGAUAGUUUUUGUUAACUCACCAGUCCACUACUGAAUUGUGACGGUAGACACUAGACAGUGCUCUGAACAAAUGAGUGGGCAAAACCUGCUUGUUGGAAGAAUGUAUGACAAAUUGAUGACAAAACAAUUUACUUAAUAUCAAGUGGCUCAAAUUAUUAGAAAUUAGCUUAAUUUGUUUGUUUAUUUUGCAUAGUUGAACUUGGUUUUGUUUACCUUCAGUAUUCAAAUGUGAGUUAAUAGCCAUUUUAAUAAUUUGCUAAAUGCCAAAUUUGUCCAAAGAUAAAGUGUGAUUCACUCCCUAGUUUAUCUCUGUUGUUGCUGCUACUUACUAAAUAAUCUAGUGUACAAAAUACUGUUUAUUUUCUCCUGUGGUUGCACAGGCAACCACUCAACCAAAACCAGUCAUUGAAAGGGCAAUUCUCCUUUGAUAAACCAUCACAUUUCACAAGCACAACAGGGUCCAGGGUCUGAGUUUUAGUGAGGUCCGCACUCUAAAAUACUAUUUGGAGAACAGCAAAAAGUUGGCCAUGAUUACUACACAUUUAGAUAGCUGGCUAGACUAAUUUAACAAUCUAAAAAAAAAUAUUGACAUGGGCUAAUUGAGUGACAGUCAGUGAGUGGCAUAUAAGAAGAGGGAAACUGCUGAUGCCCCACCAAGUUUGAAAUUGCACCUUGUGUAUUCUACUAUUCUAACUCUCAACAGUAAGUUGAGACCCCAACUGUUCCUAAAAAAAAAGAUAGAUUAUUAUAUAUUUUUUUAAUGUUGGCAAGGUCCGUACCUCGUUGUCCUCAUUGUUAGCUACAACACUGAGUAGCUGCUACAACUGACAUGGGUUGAGAAGUCCUGCCAAGAAGCUACCAAGAGCCAAUGACAUAUUUUCUAUAUUCAGUUGCAACAUAGGAAAUCCUGAUGGCCAGAUUCUAUGGUAGCUGAGUAGGUUGAUAUUUGAUGAAACAAUGUUAUGAAGUAUUAUGAAAUGUGUAUAACAUUAUGAAGACUAUUGUUCUCUUUGUCAUUUGAUGUACCAUUGUAUAAUUUCUUGACUUGUUAAAUAAAGGUUAAAUAAAAAAUACGAAUACAAAUCAA